CCAGACAGUCUGUCUGCCACGGAGGAGUCGGAUCUGGUAGUCAAGUAGUUGCGGUCGCUGUCAUCGUAUGCGUUUGCGUUUGCUUUGGCUUUGGGUUUAAAUGUUCGCCACUCGGCCGCGAUCCUUUCAGUCGAUCGUUAGCCGCGACCGUGAUAGCAAGGAUGAGCCAGAUAUCGCUGAAGGAACGCCGCCUCCUGCGCACACCCAAGUGCGCCCGCUGCCGCAACCACGGGGUCAUCUCCUGCGUCAAGGGCCACAAGAAGCUGUGCCGCUGGCGCGAGUGCUGCUGCCCCAACUGCCAGCUGGUCGUCGAUCGCCAGCGGGUGAUGGCCGCCCAGGUGGCCCUGCGCCGCCAGCAGACAAUGGAGGCCCUGGAGGCGUCCGCCCAGGUCCAGCAUUCGCAUCCAGCCACCGCAUCCAGCAGCGAGGGCGAGGAUUUCUUAACUUCAACGUCGCCACCACCUGUACGAGCGCUACCUUCAGCAGCAGCCGCCACAUCCUCCACAUCCACUUCCUCGUCAGCCACGCGCCAGGCACUGAUUACCCAGAAAAGGAUCUACAAGCAGCGGCUGCGCAACCUGCAACAGUCCACGUUGCACAUAACAGCAGCCAUGGAAGAGUACAAGCAAAGAUUUCCCACGUUCAGUUCUCCGCUGAUGGAGCGAAUGCGCAAGCGACGCGCGUUCGCUGAUCCGGAACUCAACUACGCCAUGGAGGCGACGCUGGGCGGUAACGCCCUCUAUGCCGCUGCCGCUGCUGCUGCUGCUGCUGCCAUGCAUCAAUCGGGGCCGCCGCCAUUCACAGCCUCCAACACCAUCGCAGCCGCCGUCACGACAACACCCACGCCGCCCGCACACGCCUCGGCGAAGAAGCCAAAGCUGAGCUUUUCAAUUGAGUCAAUAAUGGGCAUUAGCACGUAGCUAAUUCUUAAAGCCAGGCGUCCUUUGUACAUAUUUAACAGUUAAGGAGAACUUUUUUUUGAUUAGAACUAAGUUUCUUAGGAAAUAAAACCA